GCGAUCGUACAGGGGAGAAACGACGGUGUUCGACGAGGGUCACACAGUGAGACGCACAUUGAUGGUGUCAUCGCGUCUCUGGGAAUGUUUGCGUCUCCAAGGAAACGGGACGCUUCCUUCAGCAAGACAGGCGGCGCUGGAUAUAGGAGGAAGAUAGUGAGACAGGCGGUGCAUAAAAAAGAGACUGGUUUAUUUCUGCCGAACCAUCACCAUCACCUGAAACAUCAAGUUCUUGUCAUUUCUCAACAGUCGUCCAAGAAAUAUAAAGCAUGCCUCUGAAAGUAGUGGUAGAGCUCCAAAUUCAUGCGGUAACCUGUCCUGGUGUAUUCUUGCCAGAAAAAGGUGAUCUCUUUCUGAACGUCUCUCUAAUGGGCCUGUGUAAGGAGACUGGAUGUCUUCCUGCUAUAUUUCCUCUGUUGUUUCAUGAAAAAAUGAGAUUUGAAAAGGUUUUCCGGCAAGCCAUAGACCCUGCUGAAGUAGCACAGCAUCUGGAAAAUCAUACAGCCACAUUUGAAUUAAUCCAACUUACACACUCAGCUGAAGAAGUACUAGCGAUUUAUGACGAGAACAAUCGAGAAUUCCUCUUUCCUGAGCCUAAGCUGGCUCCUCCAUACCCAGGAGUGGACCGAGAAGUACUAAUGAAAACGGCCCCUGGCUUCCCAGGAAUUGCUCCUAAGGUAGAAUUUUCUUCCAGAACAACCAUCAAAGAAAUUCCAUGCGAUGUUAAGAAAAAAUGUCGUUUCUCACAGGCAGAAAGAUCUUUGUCAAAAUCACCCAGAAAAUCGAGUGGUCAUAAGAAAAAAAGUGGCUGUGCCAAGAAGGCAGGGAAACGUUAUGACAGUCCUACGCAGUCAUCGAGAUGUCGAUCUCCAUCCCCUUACACCAGACGGCGCAUUUGCGAGCUUGGCAAGGACAAUCAGCAACGACUUGCCCAUUUAAACCUGGGAAAUUUUGAAUUUAAGUCUGGCGCUGAAGCAAGACCACCGUUUGUAGUAAGACAUGUUGACCACUCCAAACCUGUGGGUGAGAAAUCUUCACUUCAGAUCAAGUCUCCAAAGACAAAACAUCGUUCUAGAUCCAUUGAUAUACUGAAUGAACCACCGUUAAGGCGAGCUUUGUCCUUUGACAGUAUCUGCAAUGAAGAAGAUGAAGAAAAGAGUUUUGUAGAUUCUGAUAAGCGAAGAUCUACAAGGAAAAACAUAUCUUUUGAAGAUCCAGACAAUGCUAAGAGUUCUCCUUAUCAGUUUCAUACACUUUCCUUGAAGGAUGGAAGUACAAGUCCAGUUCAAACACGAACUUCUCUUCAUGAAAGGUUUAAAUCUGGACAAAGCACAUGGGAGUUAAUACACAACAGAGUCCGUAGUCUCCUAUCCACUCACAGCGCCAAAGAAAAACUGUAUUAUGACAUCUCUAAGGCUGAAGUAGAUCACAUCCUUGAAAGAUCUUUUUUUUCUAAUACGUCAGCAAACAACAGUUUUCUAAAGAAAACCUUCUGACAAUGGUGCUCAGUGAACAUCACAAGAAAUACAAUUCUGCAACUGUUUGUCUUAAUUCACAACUUCACGGGUUCAUAAUAAAUGAAAUGCAUUAGAUAUGCAAUUAUUAUGGUGCAUGCAAA